AUGCAGGAGCAUGAUUCAGGAAGGAGGAAGCUACUCAAGACACGUAGAGUCUCCUCCAGAGCACGAAUUCACUCCAGAGCCGGGCUCACCGCGGAGCGCCGCUCCCGGCUCCGGCGUGGGCCCCGCGGGGACCUCGAGCCUGCGGCUUGGAGCGCCAGGUCCUCUCCCCGCCACCGCGGCUUCUGCAGGGUAGUUGGGAGUCUUGUUUACGGAUUCGUUCCCAACUUUUCAAUUGGAAAAAGCUCGGGGGGCGCGCGAGGCGCCCCGUCCCCGCGGCCUCUGCGCCCUCCGCCCGGGUCUUGCUCCCCGGGGCUGCGCUGUCCCGUCCGGGCUGUCGCCGCGCGCGGGCCGGGCGAUUUCUCGGGGACCCGGGAUGUCCGCGCGGCGCCCGCCCCACAUCUGGCAACGAUUAGCCGCCCGCGGAGCGCAGCUGGCCCGGACGCGCGCUUGGCAUCGCUGUGCAUCGGGCUCGGGUGCAAAGUCACCUCUCUCGCCCGCGUCCCCGCCGGUGUCCGCCCGCGGGUGGCGCUGCCCACGUGCGCGCGGGCGACGCCGCCCACCCCGAGUCGCCCCCUGCCGCGUCCUCGCAUCCGUUUGUGGCGGUGUCAGAGGUUAUCGGGCCUUGAGCGGGAGCCUCGGGGAGCAGGGCUUCGCGGGCAGCCUUCUGCUUCGUGGAGACGCGGGGACGUUUCCCGGGUUGGUGCUGGGACAGCCCGCGUCGCCCUGCGCGGUCGGGGCCCCGGGAGACGCGAAGGCGGUGGCCGCGCUUCCAGCCUCGCCACACGGCGCGGUGACUCCAGGGCUGCUGUCCCGGCGGCCCCGCGCACUGGGAAAGUUUCCAGAAUCUACAGGGUUGGCGCCUGCCCUCCGCGGGCGCUGUGUCCCCUCGCGAAGAGCGCCACGGGAGGGACCGAAGACGACUUCGCAGAGGAGGAGGAGGUGCAGUCCUUCGGCUACAAGAGGUUUGGUAUUCAGGAAGGAACACAAUGUACCAAAUGUAAGAAUAACUGGGCACUGAAGUUUUCUAUCAUAUUAUUAUACAUCUUGUGUGCCUUACUAACCAUCACCGUAGCCAUUUUGGGAUAUAAAGUUGUAGAGAAAAUGGACAAUGUGACAGGUGGCAUGGAGACAUCUCGGCAAACCUAUGAUGACAAGCUCACAGCAGUGGAAAGUGACCUGAAGAAAUUAGGGGACCAAACUGGGAAGAAAGCCAUCAGCACCAAUUCAGAACUCUCCACAUUCAGAUCAGAUAUUCUAGAUCUUCGCCAACAACUUCGUGAGAUUACAGAAAAAACCACCAAGAACAAAGAUACGCUGGAGAAGCUGCAGGCGGGUGGGGAUGCUCUGGUAGACAGGCAGAGCCAACUGAAAGAAACUCUGGAGAAUAAUUCUUUCCUCAUCACCACUGUAAACAAGACCCUCCAGGCAUAUAAUGGCUAUGUCACGAAUCUGCAGCAAGAUACCAGCGUGCUCCAGAGCAAUCUGCAGAACCAGAUGUACUCCCAUAACGUGGUCAUCAUGAACCUCAACAACCUGAACCUGACCCAGAUGCAGCAGAGGAACCUCAUCACCAACCUGCAGCGAUCAGUGGAUGACACCAGCCAGGCCAUCCAGCGCAUCAAGAAUGACUUCCAGAACCUGCAGCAGGUUUUCCUUCAAGCCAAGAAGGACACCGACUGGCUGAAGGAGAAAGUACAGAGCUUGCAGACCCUGGCUGCCAACAAUUCUGCCUUGGCCAAAGCCAACAACGACACCCUGGAGGAUAUGAACAGCCAGCUCAGCUCAUUCACAGGUCAGAUGGACAAUAUCACCACCAUCUCACAAGCCAACGAGCAGAGCCUGAAGGACCUUCAGGACUUGCACAAGGAUGCGGAGAACAGAACAGCCAUCAAAUUCAGCCAGCUGGAGGAGCGCUUCCAGCUCUUCGAGAUGGAUAUUGUGAACAUCAUUAGCAACAUCAGCUACACAGCCCACCACCUGCGGACGCUGACCAGCAAUCUGAAUGAAGUCAGGACCACUUGCACAGAUACCCUAACCAGGCACACAGAUGACCUGACCUCCUUGAAUAAUACACUGGCCAACAUCCGUUUGGAUUCUGUUUCUCUCAGGAUGCAACAAGACAUGAUGAGGUCAAGGUUAGACACUGAGGUAGCCAACUUGUCAGUGAUCAUGGAAGAAAUGAAACUGGUGGAUUCCAAGCAUGGUCAGCUUAUCAAGAACUUUACCAUACUGCAAGGUCCUCCUGGCCCCCGAGGUCCGAAAGGCGACAGAGGAUCUCAGGGUCCCCCUGGUCCAACUGGCAACAAAGGACAGAAAGGAGAAAAGGGGGAGCCUGGGCCCCCCGGCCCUGCCGGUGAGAGAGGCCCAGUUGGACCAGUCGGGCCCCCUGGAGAGCGCGGCAGCAAAGGCUCCAAAGGCUCACAGGGCCCCAAAGGCUCCCGUGGGUCCCCUGGGAAGCCAGGCCCUCAGGGCCCCAGUGGGGACCCAGGCCCCCCGGGGCCAGCAGGCAAGGACGGACUCCCUGGCCCUCCGGGCCCACCUGGCUUCCAGGGACUGCAGGGCACCGUGGGGGAGCCGGGGGUGCCUGGACCACGAGGACCGCCAGGCUUGCCGGGGGUGCCAGGCAUGCCAGGACCCAAGGGCCCCCCUGGUCCUCCGGGGCCAUCAGGGGCAGUGGCACCCCUGGCUCUGCAGAACGAGCCAACCCCGGUACCGGAGGCCAACGGCUGUCCGCCCCACUGGAAGAACUUCACAGACCAAUGCUACUAUUUUUCGGUGGAGAAAGAGACUUUUGAGGAUGCAAAACUUUUCUGUGAAGAGAAGUCUGCACAUCUCGUUUUCAUAAACACAAGAGAGGAACAGCAAUGGAUAAAAAAGCAGGUAGUGGGGAGAGACAGCCACUGGAUCGGCCUCACCGACUCGCAGCAGGAGAACGAGUGGAAGUGGCUGGACGGGACGCCCGCAGAGUACAAAAACUGGAAAGCUGGACAGCCAGAUAACUGGGGUCACGGCCACGGGCCUGGGGAAGACUGUGCUGGGCUGAUUUACGCUGGGCAGUGGAACGACUUCCAGUGCGAAGACAUCAACAACUUCAUUUGCGAGAAAGACAGGGAGACAGAGCUAUCACUGGCAUUGUAAUGGACCAUGAUGGGAUGACAUGAACAAAUAUUCUGACAGUUUCUCCAGGGUAAAGGAUACUCCCCGUGGACUGCACCAACUUCUCACCAGACGGGGGGAAGGCACUGAAAAACAAUUACUGAAAAUAAUUGAUGGCUGCUGUUCGUUUGCCAUUACCCAAGAACUUGGGAACCAAUACGUUCCCCCAGUGUGACAUGUUGAUUUUCAGUGUGCAGAUGGACUGAAUCACAUCGAUUUUUCUCAGCCAAUAACUGUGCAAUUACACAAAUGAUAUCUUCCAAAGUAUGAAAUGCUCUAGUCGGAAAAAGACCACCAUUGGUUGCUGAGCUUUGGGAAGAAAAAUAUACACUGUGUGAACAGUACCUUAACAUUUCUAAAAUCCCGAAUAUAGGAAACUAUGCAGAUACACAGAUAUAUAGGCCAACUCUUAGUAAUAUGAAAUAUACUUAAAGAGCUUUUAAAACUUUGUAUUUUUGUACAAAAUAUUUGCCUUUUACAAUUUUCCUUUUUUUUUUUUUUUUUUGUCAUUUUACCAAUGUAAUACAUGGCGCCAAAGAAAAACAAUAAUGGUACUAAUAAAAUCUCAUAGGGUUUCUUGUCAGAUUUAGUUCGACCCAGUGGCAAAGAAUUUUUUCGGUUGUGGGAAUAAAUACAUGCGUGUUAUAUAUAU